AAAUGCUAUAUAUUUUCGAGUUUUUGUGGCACUAGAUAUUGAGUGAAUAAAUUGACUGCGCACAUGCUUGUACAGUAUGUAAUGGGAAAAACAGGAGACGAUGAGGCAGCCAUAUUUUACUAAAAAAGGACGCAUGAAUACAGGAAAAGAAUAAGUAUUUCUUACUGGUGUUUACAGUAUAGGCUCUGUACUCGGUAUGAAUUAGGAUGGCUGAUGAUUACUAUGAAGCGGGGGAAGAAACCCAGUACCGUUACCUGGUGCAGCCUGACGGCGAGGAAAGAGAAAGGUACUGCAGACGCCACUAUGUGAGCCCCUUCCUGGUACUGUCCCGCAAGCAGAUCUUCAUGAUCUCCUGUGGGGUCUUGGCGCUGCUGCUUGCCGCGGGGUACCUGGCCUACCUGGCGGAAACCCCGCGUUAUCCCGCCGCGCAGGUGCGCACGGAGUGCGGCGCGGUGCGCGGCCAUCGCGGUAAAGCGGGUUUCGCGUUCAAGGGGAUCCCCUAUGCAGCCCCCCCAGUCGGGGCGCAGAGGUGGCGGCCUCCUGCUGACCUGAAGAAGUCCGGUUCCUGCUGGGAAGGCGUGUAUGACGCCACACGGUUCCGGGAUGUUUGUGUCCAGGUGCACCCCAUGGAUGACAAAGGUGCGGUGACGGGCAGCGAGGACUGUCUGUAUUUAAACGUUUGGACGCCCACACUCAUCAGAGACGCCAAGCUACCUGUGAUGUUCUGGAUUCACGGGGGGUAUCUCCACACAUUGAGUGGCUCAGAGGAGGGCUACAGGCCCUCAGAGGAGUUGGCUACGCAGUAUGGCGUCGUGUUUGUCAGUCUCAACUACCGCCUCAAUGCCUUUGGGUUUCUCGCUCUUGAGCUCCUCAGACAAGGUUCUCCAACCAACACGUCUGGUAACUAUGGUUUCAUGGACCAAAUUGCAGCACUGCAGUGGGUUCAGAGGAAUAUUCAUGUCUUCGGAGGUGACCCAGAAAAAGUAACCAUAUUUGGACAAAGCUCAGGCGGCACUUCGGUUUGGACGUUGAUGAUGUCACCUCUGGCAAAUGGUCUUUUUCACAGAGCCAUUGACAUGAGUGGCUCUUACAUUUACAACAAGUCAGUGGAGGAGGCUGAGAGAGACAACCUGAUCUUUCUGAGAAAAACCGGGUGUCAGGACAUCAAAUGCCUGCAAUCGCUUCCCCAAGAGAAAAUACUCAAGGCCAUACCCUGGAAGGACUACCCUUAUUGGGCCGCAGAUGACGUUACUGAUUUGCCACAGAAGGGUCGUUUUGAUGGUGCGGUGGCAGUAGUAGAUGGUUAUGUUCUGCCCGAGCCUCCUUUCCAAAUGUGGGAGAAGAAAACCGGCUACAAUGACGUUCCUUUCGUCAUCGGCACAACGGAGCAAGAAGCUGAUUUAGAGCCAAGUUAUUCAAACAUUACAUCAUGGACUUGGGAGGAUUAUCAGUGGACUGUGACAGAAAAACUAAAGCCCUUUGGGGAGGCCAUCGCUGAGGAGGCAUUGACUUUGUACCCCAAAACUGGGAAGUGUCCCACCACCGAGCGAUGUCCCGAAAGACUCUACACAAGCAUGGUGUCCGAUGCGCGUGUCACUUGUCCCAAUAACGAUCUAGCCAAGAGGGCUGCAAAUGCUUUGAAGAGCCCAGUGUAUCGCUAUUUGGUGACUUACACACCUUCCAAGGAAGUUCAAAUCUCCAGCGUUUUCCGUUUCCCCAGCCGCUUUACGUAUCAUGCUCUCGACGCCUACGCCUUUUUCGGCAAUCUGGGGUACAUCCAGGGAGAGACCAGCAGCGCUGACAGAGACUUCGAGAAGAGCAUGCAGAACUAUUUCAUUCAUUUUGCAAAAACGGGAGAGAUGCCAAGUGAAUGGCCAGCAUACCCUUCGCACACAGCAUUGCUUUCAAACAGCUUCUCAGUGGCUGAGAGUCCUUCUUUGAAACGCUGCCAGUUCUGGGAGAACAAUGGGUUCUAUUCCUAUGCGUGGAUCAACUGAUUUAUUUGGAUCUUCUUUUGAAAGUGGUCAAGACUCCUUAAUUUUCAUGCAGCAUACAGUAAACCAACUUGAUAAAACUUUUUUUUUGCAUUUUAGCACAAGAUGGUCUGUUUUGAACAUACUGUGGAAACAUACCAGCCAAACUGAUUUUGUAUAAUGUGUAAAUACUGAACUUCUCCUUGGGAAUGUAAAGGGAAGUGAUAUUUGUUAUUAAAUAUCCGUGCCAUUUUACAACUUCCAUCCUUAGUUGUUUUGAAGGUUCCUUUGUGUUCAUGGUUGAAAUUCACUACCUCCCUGAGGUACCUCGUAUAGAGAGGUGCAAUGAUUUUGAAAUCAUGUGAACCACUAGUAUUGCAUAGAGGACUUGUCAGAUGCAACUUUGUGCACCUGCAUUUAGGGGAGUGAAUGCAAAUGCAAUAAUACUUUAGUUUUUAAAUUUUCAUUGACUAUUGUGGAUACAAUAUAUAACAUGUUUUAAAUGGACAAAUAAUCUGCAACAAAGAGUAUAUGUAUCUAUUAAAUUUCUCAGGGUACAAGAGCUAACUCAAGCUUUUAUUUCUUCUUUGAACACUGGAUUCUCAUUGCUUAAGAUAUGCAGCUUGUUACCACUCCUGAACUAAAAACUGCCUUGCUGUACAACUUAAAAGGAAAUAAACACACCAAAGUGGA